CGUGAUGCACUACACACAGCCAUUGGGACACGACACCACCGAAUCUUCCCUCUAGGCUCACACACAUCAUGCUCGGACUUCGCGCGACUCGCACUUUCACCCCGGCCGUGCGCCGUAUCACGCAAAAGAGACUGCAAAGCGGACUGCAGGGCCCGGCCGAUAAUGCCUUCAACCGCGAACGAGCGGCCGUCAAGGAGCACGCCGCUGCUACUUCUGACCUCUGGCGCAAGCUCUCAAUCUACGUCGUCAUUCCCUCUCUCAUGAUUGCUGGCGUCAACGCAUGGCGCCUGUGGACCGAGCACUGGGAGCACGUCGCCCACGGACCCCCACUCGAGGAGCGCACUGAGUACCCAUACAUGAACAUCAGGACCAAGAACUACUUCUGGGGUGAUGGCGAUAAGACUCUCUUCUGGAACCCUGAAGUCAACCACCACAAGAAGUCCGAAGAAGAGUAGAUACACCGCGCUCCCUACGCAUGGAAAAUGCAGCAUAGAAUCGGUGCAAAGACCCGCGAUGUAAAUUUACAGUGCUAGUCACAAUGGACAAAGAAGAACCUCACGGAAUGAACUCUUCCUCGCGUCAUUUUCAUAUGUACAUACAAGCGUUGCAAUGAGAUGCCAUUUAAAACAAGACGAAAACGAAACCUCACGUCAGCGAAGGCAAAUCCUGAAGCCCGAGGACAUGCCCGGAUGUGAAUUCUGCUUCUGAUUGAAAAUGCAACAGCGGUCUUAUCCUGCGCCUGCAACGCGUCUCCUGCAUGGAUUCGGAACUGCUUUGCAAAAUUGAAGAGACGUGGCAAGGAAGG